GACGCAGCCUGUAGUCAAGCAUGGUACUGUGUCUCUUGUUCGUAUUUAUUUGGCCCUUAUUGGUGCCUUGUUGAACCCUGGACCAAGCUCUAACGGGCGAAUCCAUGUCCAACUGUGGAUCCUUUCUGUGUAUAGAUGAGGUUGUUGAGGAGGAUGGGCCCAUUGAGGCUGACGUGCCACUAGAUCAGAUCCGUGCAACACCUUACCCUUUGCCCAAGGAGUUCGAGUGGGCACUGGUCGACGUCGAGGAUGACAAGGAGAUCAAGGAGCUGUACGAGCUCUUGACGCUUAACUAUGUCGAGGACGACGAUGCCAUGUUUCGCUUCGACUAUUCUGCAGAAUUCUUGAAAUGGGCACUCUUGCCUCCAGGCUGGAAAAAGUCGUGGCACAUCGGAGUUCGUGUCGCCUCGAACAAGAAGUUGGUCGCUUUCAUUAGUGGAAUUCCUCAGGAUGUUCGCGUUCACAGCACUGUCAAGCGCAUGGUCGAGAUUAACUUUUUGUGCAUACACAAGAAGCUGCGUAGCAAGCGUUUGGCCCCUGUCUUGAUCAAGGAGGUUACGCGCAGGACACAUCUCGAGGGUAUUUUCCAGGCUGUCUACACUGCAGGAGUCGUUCUUCCAAAGCCCGUUGCAACCUGCCGCUAUUUCCAUCGCUCAUUGAACCCCAAGAAACUGGUCGAGACUGGAUUUUCGCAUCUCGGACGAAACAUGACCAUGGCCCGCCUUAUCAAACUGAACAAGCUGAACCCGGAAACUAGCACACCUGGCUUGAGGCCCAUGGAAGAAAGAGAUGUCAAGGCAGUGGCGACAAUGAUGAACAAGUACAUGUCGCUCUUUGAACUGGCUCCCCAUUUUGAAGAGGCGGAUGUUCGUCACUGGAUUAUUACCCGUCCAGGAGUCGUCUGGGGCUAUGUUGUCGAGGAUCCAGAGACAAAGACGAUCACGGACUUUUUCUCAUUCUACUCAUUACCCUCGACUGUCAUCAACAACCCCACGCACUCAACCUUGAAUGCUGCCUACUCAUUUUACUACGCAGUUCAGACGCCGGAUGAAGAGCUCAGCAAGAUCACGGAUGCGGGCGAGCGUAAGGCUGCCAGGGACAAUGCUAUCAAGGGACGCUUGGUCGGUUUGAUGCAAGAUGCCCUGAUCUUGGCACGUAGCCACGAUUUUGAUGUCUUUAAUGCGCUGCAUUUGAUGGACAAUGCCCUAUUUACAGAGGACCUCAAAUUUGGACAGGGAGACGGAUACCUUCACUAUUACCUGUAUAACUGGAGGUGUAGAGAAAUCGAAGGCGAAAAGGUCGGAUUGGUGAUGUUGUAGAAAACAAGAAUGGUGAGAAUUGACAUACCAGGGGCGAUCCAAAAGAAACACGCGAGCAAUAAAGAAGUUACU